AUGAUCCAGCUCUUUGGUGCCCCAAAUGGCCUUUGUUUGUCAAUCACAGAGUCCAAACAUAUCAAGGCGGUUAAAGAGCCCUGGUGCCGCUCCAGCAGAUACAAAGCAUUAAGCCAGAUGCUUCUCACCAACCAAUGCCUCAACAAAAUAGCUGCAGCCCAGAGUGAUUUUGAAGCUCAUGGCAUGCUUCAAGGGUUGUGCCUGUCCAAUGCAUUGCAGGCACUUGGAGAGAGUAAUGGCAAGUUGCUGGACAACAGCACAGAUGAAGAUGAAGACAACAAUGAUGCACUUCAAGCACGUCCUGACUGUUUAUGCCUCAAUGAACCACAGAAUCAGACUGUCAAGGGAGACUUGGUGGGCAUCGUUGAUGGACCUACUGUCCAAGCUCAUGUAGAACUUGCGGCAGCACCUGUGCCAGGUUGUUCACCCAAUGUCCCUGCGCUUAUGCUCGAUCUCAACCUUCCAAUCCUCCCUACAUUAAUCCAACAAUUUCUUCAUGACCAGCUUCAUAUCGACGAUGAUGAGCCACCCAAAUUUGACCCUGCAAUGGCACCUACUUACAUGGGCAGGGUUUCUGUCUUUAGUUCGGCGGCAGCAUCAUUCUAUGCCCCCAGUGACCUCAGUGGCACUGGAGGCAUGCGAUGCGAGCAUAUUCAGGCAAUGCCAUCAUGUAUGAAUGAUGAAGUCAGUUGUGGCUUGGAUGGGCUUGCUAUUGCAAGAGUAUUGCAUUUUCUUGGCUUCAAGUAUCAGAUGAAAUACUUGCGAUGUGCAGUCAUUCGCUGGUUCUCAUACGUCACAGACAGCCAAGAUCCUGACACUGGGAUGUACCUUGUUGCACCAUCGACCAAUGAUGAUGGGAUGCCAGAUGUCUCAAUUAUUCAUAUUGAUUGUAUAUUCCAUGCAGCUCAUCUUAUUCCCCUCUAUGGUUCCAAUGUCUUACCUCGCACAAUCACUCUUCACGACAGCUACAACAUAUUUCGCACCUUCUAUGUCAACAAGUAUGCAGAUCAUCAUGCAUUUGAGGUAGCGUGA